UGCCACCGGGCAGCCCUUUUUAAGAGAAAAGCCAGGACCGGUGGAGUAGCGACCCCUGGGCAGUGCUGUCUGUGCUGAUUGUGGGACCAGAGCAGCGGCGUUCAAGCAUCAUGAGUGAGCGACAAGGUGCUGGGGCAACCAAUGGAAAAGACAAGACAUCGGGCGAGAAUGAUGGGCAGAAGAAAGUUCAAGAAGAAUUUGACAUCGACAUGGAUGCGCCAGAGACAGAGCGUGCCGCGGUGGCCAUUCAGUCUCAGUUCAGGAAAUUCCAGAAGAAAAAGGCCGGGUCCCAGUCCUAGUGGGAGAGCCCCUUCCUAGUCUUCCAGAAGACACCAAAUUCAACCAUCAUCUAUCUGUCAAGAAAUUAAAGGAAACACCCUAGAGAGCAAUCAUCUGCCUACAAUCCACACACACAGCAGUCCCACAAUGCAUGUACAGAGACCCGUGAUAUUUAAACCCUCUUAGGAACGCGUAGACAGUGCAGUUGUCAGUGGCUGAAUCUCUGUUCAUCCCCAGUAUCACCCCUCCAGCAACUACUCUCCUUGAUGUUGUAAUAAAAUGGAGUUAAGAUGCGUGA